AUGAGUAUUGGGUUGGAACGUUCGGACCUAACGGUCGCCGUCGCGCGCUUCCCAAGCCUCACGCAUCUCCAUCUGUGCGACCUCAGCGUGGAAAACCUCGACGACGCGUUCUUCGCUCACCUCGCCUCGUCAUGUCCCAAGCUGACCAUUCUCCACGUGGGAGGGAAGAUAACGCCGCGGAUUCCGGGAUUGAGCGUCGAGCAUCCAAUCACAGACGCCGGGAUGGAUCUCUUCUUCCGCCGCUGCUCUCAGCUGCAGCAGCUCUCGCUCUACUGCCUCCGCGACGGCGCUGACUUCCCGCCGUCCUUCUUUCAACUCAAGCACCUGCACACUCUCGCUCUCACCACCCCGGCAACCCUAGAAAAUCCGGGGUUGAGGAGCCUUUCGUCCCUCACCAACCUGCAUCUCGCCUUCCCGGCAUUCCAUCUGCAGCACCUAUCCAGCCUGCUUGACCUCCCCAUCGCGCACCUUUCUAUCUUCGCUCUGCAUCGUACCGACCAGCCCGCAGCUCCUUUCAGCAUCGCACUGCUGUCUUGCCUGGAAACGCUUAGAUUCACGAAGUGCACCCCUCCAUUCGACUCAAUGUUUCCACCGGGAUCAACCCCAUGCGCUCGCCUGCAGCAGCUGCUUCUCACAGAUUAUCAGGAGCUCGAAGGCCCUCCCACCGACAUUGGAGAUCUGCUCCCCUCCCUCCGCAAGCUAGUCAUCCGUGGCUGCCAUCGCUUUACGGAACUGCCUGAAAGCUUGCCCUCUCUGACCCGUUUGGAAGACUUGGUUAUUUCCGAUGCAAAGUUUCUGUUUGGACUUCCUGACACCUUGGGUGAUCUGCCGGCUCUCAAAACCCUCGUGCUCAAGUCGCUGCCUCUUGUUGUCCUCCCUAGUUCCAUCUCCCAACUCACGUCCCUCAACGCUUUAGUCCUUGACAAUUGCUACCAGCUUCGCGAGCUUCCAGCUGGUUUCUGCCGCCUCCCCGCACUCAAGGCUCUCUGCAUCGAGUGCCUUCGGAAUGUCACACUAACAGACGACAUUAGGCACCUCACCAGCCUUGCCACUCUUCGCUUCAUCGGCUCCCGUUGCCAGCAGCACCUCCCAGCCUCGUUCACCGCGUUGACUGCAUUGACCAGCCUACAACUGCACGAGUGCGCAACACCUGAGCUUCCAGAUGCGUUGGGGGCGCUCAGUAACCUGACAGAUCUGAGCAUACUGGUAUGCCCCAUCAGCCGUCUUCCAGAGUCCAUCACUCGUCUGAUCCGUCUGGAACGCCUGGCAGUUGUUCUUUGCUCGCGGCUUUCAUGGGUGCCCGGAAGGCUGGAUAGCCUCAAGAGGCUGAAGCAGCUGCAGCUGACACACUGUGAACGGCUGAGUCACCCUCCUGCCAGUCUGCCGCGCUCUCUCGAGCUCCUAAGCAUUCCAUGGUCCGGGAAGCAGCUCACUGCACUGGCAGACGUGUCUGUGCUAUCCCAGCUGAGGGAGCUGGAGCUGCAUGUCGGUGGGGGAGGGCAAGGGCCAGGAGCAGCAAGCUGCCCUGCCAGCGACCUGCAGGUUGGCGAGUUUGAAAGCUCACUGAGCAGCCUUAGCACCGAAGGUCAUUGUUGGAGCAGCGCUCUGUCUCGCCUGCACCGCUUGGCCCUGCACCUGGACAACGCUGCUGUAGAGCUCCCCUUCCCCUUCACCUUCCUCCCUUCCCUGCGCCGCCUGACCAUCUCGGGACAUGGCAUCAGGAGGCUCCCUGGAAGCAUUGGGGCAGCGUUUCCGCAGCUGCGGCAGCUGAAGCUGGACAAGGUUUCAUCGCUGGAGGAGGUGCCACGCAGCAUUGGGGAGCUCCGGCAACUCACAGCCUUGGAGAUCCACGCGCCCAAACUGAAAACUCUCCCUGUAACCAUCGGUGCGCUGUCCCGGCUGCGCACGCUUGAUCUGUCGGAAUGCCGAGAGCUGCAGCAGCUGCCGGCUUCUAUAACGCGCCUCGCCUGCCUGCAUGAUUUGGAUUCAUCUUCCACAUCCAUCUCCGUGCUUCCUGCUGGCUUCGCACACCUCACCAGGCUGAGGAGCCUUUCUUUAAAACACUGUCGGGAGCUGCAGGGUUUCCCAGAGGAUUUCACGCAGCUGGCAGCUCUGCGGUGUCUGUUGUUAAGCGGCUGCCGGAGUGACUACCGUGACACUGAGGCCUGGUUGACGGCGCAUGGCCUUGCGAAACUCCGUUCGCUGCUUGUUAUGUUGUAG